CGAACUCGGGUCCACCAGGUUCGUAGUGCAGCGCAGCUACCGCUCCCACGGACAACCCAACCCACACACUCCGUGCACAGGGGGCAUCCUGCCACGGGAACUCAACUUCCCGUUCUCCCAAUCCCCCCCGCCGGCCUCUGGUUAAACUUUCACCACUUGUUACAUCCACCGCUCGUGGCCAAAGGUCGCGGGUGGGGGAAACGGUCACAUGACGACGCACGGAACUCUCGGCGCUCGCAGAACGACGGCAAGGAAAGCGUCGCGCCCUCGAUUCGUUUCGUUGCUUCGGGGGGAGCUUCGGGAGAACCUCAAAGGCGCGGGCGGGGUCAGCAGCCCCCCCCCCCCCACCCACGCCAUCCGAUGGCUUCGCAGGCCAAAGUUCUCUACGACUUCGAGGCGGUCCCGGGAUCGGGAGAGAUCUGCCUUGCAGCCAACGAGAUUAUCACGGUCACGGACAUGACCAUGGGCGAGGGCUGGUGGAGCGGCGUCAACUCCAGGGGAGAGAACGGACACUUUCCAACCAACUACGUGGAGCUCAUCGCAAACGCACAGAGCAGUGCCCCAGUGCCGAUCUCCCAAGCGGCGAUCCCCUCUGCAGCCAGCUCGUCUUACAAUCCAGCCCAGGCUGCAUCCCUCAGCAUUGGCCAGGGGUCCUACAAUGGGCAAACCCAUGACCUGGACGGGGGCGUUGAAGAGAAUUCUGCCCUGACUGCUCAUGACCAGAAUGCAAAUGCUCAUGCCGCCUCCUACCAGGGCAUGGAGAACCGGGGCUAUGACGAGUGGAAUGCAGCACAAGAUCCGUCAACAGUACGAACUGGGGCCAAUGAUGACGCCUGGGAGGCCGAAGUCUGGGACGAUGCGAGCGAAUUCUCGCCCAUCACCCCCGUAACCCCCCAGCCCGGCACCCUCUUUGCACCGGGGCAAGGGCAGCAGCAAGCGGAGGUGGCCGCUCCUGGGCCCUCCUCGCUCGUGCGGACCAACACCAUGAGGAAAGGCCUGCAGAGGUUUUCUAUGUAUGCCAAGCACGGCAUGGACGGCUACCUGUCGGGGAAGGUCAUUGUGAAGAACAAAGAGAGGAUUCUCAUUAUGGAAAGCGAGCUGGGUGCCGUGUGGGAAUAUCCGCCGCUGCCGCUCAUCUGCAUGGUGGACGACCCCACCAAGGGCUCCAAAUUGCACGGGCUCAAGAGUUACAUCGAGUACCGCCUCAUCCCUAAGGACACACUGUGCCCUGUGAGCCACCGCUACAAGCACUUCGACUGGCUGCACGAGCGUCUGGUGAACAAGUUCGGAGUCUCGAUCCCCAUCGCUCCUCUGCCCGAGAAGCAGAUGGCAGGCCGCUUCGAGCACGAGUUCAUCCAACUGCGCAAGGAGCGUCUCCAGGCCUGGCUCAACCGCAUCUGCCGCCACCCUGUGAUAUCCCAGAGCGAGGUCUUCCAGCACUUUCUGAGAUUCACCGAUGAAAAGGCUUGGAAGACUGGCAAGCGGCGAGCGGAGAAGGAUGAGGCUGUCGGUGCCGCGCUCUUCUCCAUGGUGGACACCCCGCCUGACGAGAUCACGCUGAUCGCCACGGAGCAGACCCUCGAGACGUUCGGGAGGUUCGUGAAGGCCAUGGAUGAAACCACCAAGACGGUGUUGUCUGUUGGGCAGGACCACUGGAAGACCUGCAGCACAACCCUGUCCAAGGAGCUGCAGAGGUUCGGCAAAUCGCUCGGUGACCUUUCGGAUGCUUUCAAGGCCAGCGCCUACACGGGGGAAGAUCCAACCCUGACAGAUGCGUUGAGCAAAGCCAGCCAGACGUACGACGAAAUCGCGACUAUUGUCAUGGAGCAGCCAAAGAACGACUGGCACUACCUGAUGGAAUGCAACCUGGAGUACAAGGGCAUACUGGCGUGCUUCCCCGACAUUCUGGCCACGCACAAGGGAGCAGUGGACAAGCUGAAGGAAUGCGACAAACUCAUCAGCACCAGCAAAAUGUCUGUCCAGGAGAAGCAGGCGAUCACCACUCGAGUCUCCGUCAUGUCCUACGUGAUUCAAGCGGAGGCAAACCACUUCCACUACGGGCGGAUUUACGACUACAGGCAGGCGAUGAAAGUCUUCCUCGCCGAGCAGAUCGGAUUCUACCAGAAGAUCACAGGGAAACUCCAGGAAGCUCUUUUGGCCUUCGAUUCCUGCGAGUGAGAGCCUCGGACGGCAUAUGACAGACAGCAGCAAGAAAAUACCGUCAAAACUCACGCGGGCAUCAGCAACGAGAAUUGAUCAUUCUGGGCCCACACACCUCCCGGGCACUGAGACUCACAUCGUCAGCGCCCUGGAAACCGUCACGUGCCGAGCCGGCCUCUGUCUCUUCCGGGUUUUUAAUUUGCUUUAUUUAAAUCGUUUUUUUUGUCGUUGUUGAGCAAAUGUUUUGGUCUUUUUGUUUCGUUUUGUACACGGGGCGUAAAUCGGGAACAGAAUCUUCGACGUGAAAAAGCACACAUUUUAGUCACGUCCGGGUGCUGAAAUUACAGGGUGCGAACGAAGAGGAGGGAAUGAUAAUUUGAUGCUCAUUGGCGUUCAAUUAAGAUGCAACAAAAGGGAGUUCAUAUGAGGCGCUUUCUUGUUUCUAUUUGGCUCUCGUGUGCUCGUUGUGGGGGAAUCGGAGGUGUGCAUAGUUUGCUGAACUCAACAUUGGGUGAUUUGACCACAGCCGUUGGUGGUGGGUGCCUAAGGAAGACCCACCCCCCUCUUCCACCCUCAUGCACGUGGCAGUGACCUCUGCACUUUCUGAGAAUCUGUAAAUAGCCAUGCCCUUGGUCGUGUGUGCGUGAGGCAAGGCCGGCGCAUGAGACGCCCCCAUUAGAAACGAUGGAAGUAAUUUGCAUUCACGUUUGCAGCCCUUCCACAAGCCACGACCUGCAAACACCGCUGUGUCAUGUGACCAGGGUGUCUUGAUCAUUGACAGAGUUUUAUGAGAGAUCUGCUGAAGCACCGGACUGGCCACAAAAGUCUGCAGGUUAACCCAUCUCCUGCAAGGAAACCGCCUGGGGCUAACGAUGACUAUGUUAUGGGGCAACUGCAUAGGUUUUCCUGGUUUGUGAUGUACAGCUGUCCGAUGUGUUUUCGGGGGUUGUAAUGCACGCGUCGUUCAGCACGAUGUCGGACGCUUUGUUCCGCCUGCUGGAAGCUUUAUUAUACAUUUUAAUCACAUUUCCUCCACGUGCUGGGAGCCUCUUCUGGAAUUUGUUUUAGAAGCUCCCUCCCCGCCCCGCACGUGGAGUAAACAAAGCGGCGCAACCCGAGAUGUCGUAGGUGCGUGAACGGGUGCUGACAUUGCAUUCGUCGCGCAAGAAUGUUAAUAUGCACGUUAACCAACGUUGCACUCACCUGCGCUGGUGUUUCUGUCUUUUAUUGAAUAAUUGAAUGUGCAACCGGGGCCUUAUGAGGAGGCUCCGCUGUCGCUUUUUGCAGGCCGCAGUCAAUUAAAUUCACGGUCCCUCAAACACGGAGUGCAAAUGUUCGCGUGAAAUGAGAAUCGCGUGAGCUUUUGCGAUAUCUGCCUGUUCGGGUGUUAAACAAUAUGGCAAUUAUCAUUGCAUUUUUACAUGGGAGCAACUCUGCAGGGUUUACAGUGCCGGAGGUGGCCGGGUGUCACAGGGGGCAGGGCACCUGCCAUGAGCACGGUUGGCUAUGUGCGGUGCGAAAGAAGUUCAACAUACAUGCGUACAACACUGACCCUUGAGCCACGUGCAGCCACCUAUGGUGAAACUGGAUUUCAAGUGAAGAGAGUUGAUGGUCUCGGCCUAGUCACCAAUGUGUGCAUGACCCCCCCCCACUCUACCACGUAAACAUUUGGUUUUCCCUUAAUUUGCUUAAAUUCCAGCUCUGAGACCUGAAAUGUCGUGCGGCAACCCCUCUUUGCAGGGCAUACGUUAAACUCUAAAACUAUGUUUUAUUUUAACAGGUAAGGCACUGAGCUGUAUAGCUCAUUUUCAUGAGCGACUUGGCCACAAAUGAUAGCUCAACAAAGUGUCCCAUGGUGUGGAAAUUUACAGCAGCCAAAUGCUCUAAAACGCGUGUUAAUUCUAAAAUGCGGAGACAAAAACAGGAGAAAAAUCCACGCGACCACAGGGAGAGAGACACGCAAACUCCAAAUUUACAGCAGGCGUUGGGAUCUAACCCAUGACCUCCUGUAUACCAGGCGAGGGAGUUAACAUCUCACCACGGAGAG